CCCGUUUACGGAGAAGAACAUGACGGUAUGUGGAAACAAUUCCACGUUUCAAUUUUGCACAAAUCUUAAAGGAACUUCAAAUAGUCUGACAGAGGAGGAGUACACAGCUGUAGAACGUGUGGUAAUCACAGUUGUUCCUGUUGUGUCAUUGGUUGCUUCUCUGGUCGGAUUUUUGUUCCUUAUUGUGUACUACACCAGAAAUUCCGUAUACAGAACGCCUCGUUUAAAAAUUCCAGAGGGGAUGCGAGAACCAUUGCGUGACGAGGAAUGGAGGAUACUAAACCUGUUUGUUGCUACUCAGGCGUUUGUCAAAAAAUACAAAAUGUUUCUGCGACAAGUUUUUGGUACGUUUGUUCCUUGCAGUCAUGUUUGCAAUAUGCAAUCAUCUGGGUGUAAAAAGCAAGUUGUGCAGAUUGUUUUUGAUAAACAUAAGGAAAUAGUGGAUUCUCGUGUAAAACCACCUGCUUUGAGAAGAUCGCAGAGUUGUGCAGAGGGUUGUCUGUUAGAGAACGUAGGGCCUAUAGCGGGGAAAUCAGUUGUAGAAAUGUCGGCUUAUAUAUAG